AUGCCUCUCUUUAUAAACCGGGACCAAAUAUUUGCACAUCAGGUACACCUGCUGGAGCACAAACUGAGGAGUAAAGAGGAACGAAUACUGGAACUGGAGACAGAGAAUGCUAUUCUUCAUUUAAGACUUUCCGAGUGUCUGGGGAAGCUCCGUCGAGACCAUGAAAAGGAGACCAAGGCCCUGAAGCAUCAUCUGCAGCAGAGGAACGCUCAGAAGAUCACCCAGUCAGCCCUCGCCAAACUCCUCUCUGAGGUCCAGGCCGUGAAGCAGGAUUUUAGUGAACUUUUCGCAGUGUAUUUGAGUUUUUCCACUGAGCUGGAAGAGCAGAGCAAGCAGCUGCUGGACAAAGUACAGCAGGCCAGCUGUUCUCUAAAGGGUGACCGUGGAGACGAGGUUCAGGACCUACAAGCUGUGGUCUCAGCUCUAGAGCGCUCUCUGGAGGAGGAGCGGGAGAGGUGCCGGGCGGAGAGGCAGAGGAGGAAAGAGCUCCAUAACACACUGGUGGAGCUGAGAGGCAACAUCAGGGUUCACUGCAGGGUGCGACCAGUUUUACCCUUUGACCACGUCCCGUCUUCCACCCCUGGAUCAUGGCCUGCAUUAUCAGAGGAAGUGGUAUCUACAGUCAGUGAUGACACAGUGAUGGUGAAUUGCAUAAAAACAGGAAUGCCAGUGCACAACAAGAUGUAUGAGUUUGAGAGAGUGCAUGGACCAGAGGAAUCCCAGGAUGCAGUGUUCGAGGAAGUCAAGCCGCUCCUCACAUCUCUGUUGGACGGCUACAAUGUGUGUAUCAUGGCGUACGGGCAGACAGGAAGUGGGAAGACUCACACCAUGAUGGGCUCCCAGCUGCUGGAGGAGCACUCGGGGGGGCAGCAGGGCAUCAUCCCCAAGGCGGCUGCUGAACUCUUUCGGAUGAUCUCUGAGAAGCCAGCAGACAGCCACACAGUGGAGGUGUCAGUGAUGGAGGUGUACAACAACGAGGUGCUCGACCUUCUGGCCAAAGAUGCGCAGGGCAACCCGGUGGAGCAGCGCUGCGACGUCAUCACCACCUCCAAUGGGGCCAGCCAGGUCAUCGCCCUCAAAUACCAGCCCGUGCGGGAUGCCUCUGAGGUGAUGCAGAUCCUCAGCAGGGUUUUGAAGCUCAGGGCUCACUGUCCCACCCUCGUCCACCCCGACUCCUCUCGCUCUCACCUCAUUGUCACCCUCACCAUUUCCUCCAAAAGCCCCAACGCACUGGCCCUGGCCCGCAGGCUCCAGAGUGCCAAGAAGGACAUGCAGCUGGCCGCUCAGAAGGAAUGGUGGAGCCCACGCUGUCGCCGUGCCAACCUCGCCGCGCGCAAAUCAUCUGAGGACCAUUUCUUCGCGAGCACGGCCUCCUCUCCCAGCCGCUCCCCCUCACACUCCCCCUGUCCCUCCCCCAGGCCCAGCGUCUCCCAGGCUCUGUUCAAAACCAAGCUGCAGCUGGUGGACCUGGCAGGGAGCGAGAGUGUCGGUAUGUCUGGAGUUUCGGGCGCCGCUCUGUGGGAGGUGUCCUGUAUAAACCGCAGUCUCUCUGCUCUGUCCGAUGUCCUGGGAGCUCUGGCCGAGCAGAGACCACACGUCCCCUACAGGAACAGCAAACUCACCCAUCUGCUACAGGACGCCAUAGGCGGAGAUGCCAAGCUGCUGGUGAUGCUGUGCGUCUCCCCCACGCAGCGCUACGUCACAGAGUCCCUGCAGUCCCUGGGCUUCGGGACCCGGGCCCGUCAGGUCCAGAAGGAGCUGCCGCGAAGGAAGGGGAACCCUCUCAAAGUAAAGUGACGAGACAGACAGAGAGAUUUUCUCCUUUGCAAUACGGCAGCAAAAUAAGUCCUGAAUCAGUCAUGCCAACAGAUACAUUUUGACGGUAUAAGAUCAAUACCUGCAAAUCUGUUAUUUUAGUUUAUAGUGUG